CUGAUCCCAGCUCACGCCCCCUGUCGCCCUCCCCAUUGGUCAGACGCGGCCCGGCCCUGCCACGGCUCCCACUGCCGCGUCUGCGCCAUCUGCCAGCUGUGUGAUUGUAUAUACAGUACAGCAUCAUCAUCAUCACCAUCAUUAACAUCAACGGUUCAUCAGUGUCAUCAUUGACUCGUCAUCAUAGACUCCAUCAUCACCGUCAUCAAUUGCAUCGGUUAAACAUCGUCCACACAGAUUCAUCAUCAUCAACGUACGUGUGUGCCGUGAUUGUACAUUGUCAUAAUUAUAUACGCAUAAUCAUCAUCUUAAAGAAAACGUCAUCAUCGCCAAUAUAAUCGUUGGCAUUUAUUAAUAAUCGCCCAUCUUCAUUGAUUCAUCGCCCGAGAUUAUCGCAGGUACAGCAUUACCACCGGCUAUUUUCAACAUAGAUUCCUCAUAAUCGUAGAUGAAUCAUUGUCAUCGUAGAUUGAUAAACAUCAUUCAUCAGCAGCAUCCUCUACGACAGUUGCUGUUCACUGCUGCUGCUUCUCGACAUUGUAAAACCACGGUCACCGCCUGGGUCCUGUGACCCCAUGGUCUUCUUGCUGCUCGCUGGAGGAGGACGAGGAGGAUUAGUAGGAGAAGAUAUUUGAGCAGAGUGAAGAUCAAUAGGCGAUGGAGGAAGCCCUGAAGAGCCUGGCCAAGGAGGCUAGCGGGAACAAGCACAGGGCUGUGAGGGAGGCGUGCUGCCUGGCUUGCGACACCUUGGACUCCCACACCAGCGGAAGUGAUAUCCCCCCACAUCAGCUCAGGGAGAAAUGCCUCACUCCGUUCAGACUGGCGCUAGAAUCCAAGAACACGAAGCUCUCGCAGUAUGCCUUGGCCGGAGUGCAGAGGCUGCUGGCCGAGGAGCGCUUUGUGUCGAGGCUACCCGAGGAGAAGGAGGAGCACCGUCUGCUCAGCCAGGUGCUGGAGACGGUGCACAGCACGCCGGCGCUACACGAGGACCUGCAGGUGGAGGUCAUGAAGGUGCUGCUGUGUCUCGCCUGCUCGUCCACGUUUGAAUUGAAUGGCAAGUCCCUACUGCAGAUCUCCGAGGUGUGCGUUGACACGUACGUGGCAAACAGCCACCUGCGUAGCACUAACACGGCCGUGCGAGCCACGCUCAGCCAGAUGCUGGGCGACCUGAGCCAGAGUCUGCGGCAGAAGCAGGAGGAGAUGCAGGAGGCAGAUGGAGAGAGAAACGAGGAGAAAGUCGCCAAUGCAGGAAACAUGAAACUGCUGAUGGCCCUGAGGGAUGAUGUGGUCUCGGUGCUCGCCAUUUUCUGUGACAAACUACAAGGAGUCGUGAAUGGGAGCCAACAGAUGCAACUGCUGUACCUUGAGUGCAUCCUGGCUCUGCUGAGCAACUUCUCGUCCAGCAUGCACAUCGAGCGCAGCUUCACCGACCUCGUGUGGAAGCAGCUGUGCCCCACUCUCGUGGUGCUGCUGGGAAACCCCAUGCAGGACCGGGUGGUCGCCUCCUCCCACAAUGCCUUGCAGCAGUCAGAGGCAACGGGGGUGGCCGAAGUGUUUGCCGGGGGCGGCGGAAGCGGGUUCGUGGGGGGCGUCGCGGUCACGGGGGGCCCCAUUCCGCUGGCGGUGACGGUCAGUGACCAGGGAAGGGGCUCGGGCUGCUGCUGGACGGCGCCGGCACUGCUGGCCCCCGUGGUUCGCACGGUGUGCAGCCUGGCAGCCGAGCUGGUGCGGCUGGUGGGCGCGCUCGAGUCCCUGCGGCCCGUGCUGCAGUCGCUCUACCACCGCAUGUUGCUCUACCCGCCCCCGCAGCACCGCAUCGAGGCGCUCAAGGUUCUGCGCGAGAGUUUGUCGAGCCCCCAGCGGCUGUUUGAGCUGGCGGCCCCAACCGUGCCGGAUGGGGUCACGCGCCGGAGACUCAAGCGCAAGACCCACCUAGACCUGCUCAAGCUCAUAAUGGAUGGGGUGAGCGAGGCGUGCGUGAAGGGCGGCGUGGAGAGUGGCUGCGCCGCCGUCUCCUGCGUCUGGGCGCUGCUGGGCUCCCUCGACUCGCUGAGCCGCGGGCAGGGCCUCUGCGCGGACCGGGCCGCCUUCCUGCUGGCUCAGCGCGAGCAGCUCAGCGACGGCUGCCCAGACGCAGGCACGGCCGCGAGAGGAGGCGGAGGAGGAGGCGGCGGCGGCGGCGGCGGAAAUGGCAGCGGCGGCAGCGGCGGCAGCAGCGGGGGCAGCGCGUCCGAGCUGCGGCUGAGCCGGCUCUACGCCUCCGAGUUCCCGUCGCCGUCGGAGCCGUGCGACGAGCGCGCUGAGCGCAGUCCCGACAUCAGCAUCAGCGUGGCGCGCGACACGAGCGACGAGGCCCUCGGCGAGCAGGAGCGUGAGACCCCGAGUGAGGAUGCCGCCAGCCUCGACAGAGAAGGACACACAGGGGGCGGCGGUGGCGGUGGUGGCGGGGGAGCAGGAGGAGGCGGUGGGGGCAGCAUUAUCAGUGGGAGCUGUGGGGCCGAGUCGAGGCUGGAGGAGCGCGGACACAGCAUCCACCUGCCCACUGAGGUGAUCAGCAACCUGCUGUCGGUGAGCUCGCGCCUGCGCUGCGUGCCGGCCUCCGUCUCGGGCGUGGGCGGCGUGGCGUCGUGCGGCCACGACGACCACGACCUCUGCCGCGCCGAGCUCGACUCGUGCGACCGCUACUCCAUGCUGGUGGAGCGCGACUCGGCUCGCUCCGACCUCUCCGAGCUCGGCUCGUCCGAGAACAUCUCCCUCGCCGACGACGACGGCACGGCCGGAUCCGCCGGCUCUUGCGCGGUGGCUGGCGGCGGCUGCGGCGGGGGCGGCAUCGGCGGCGCAGGAGGAGGAGGGUUAGGAGGAGCCGGCGGCGGCGGCGGCUCUCACCACACGCACCACGGGCGGCUGUCGCAGAAGCUGCUGCGCGACAUGGAGGCGGAGUGCGAGAACGCGCGUCUCUUCGUGCACGCGCUCGCCUCGGUGCUGCCCCGCAUGCUGCAGGCCGCCAGCGCAGAGGACAUCGACCAGCAGCUGCAGACGCUGGCGUCGAACUUCACCACCGGGAUGCUGGCAUCAUCGAGGAGCCGGGCGGGCCGCUCCACGCCCAACCACCUGCUCCUGAACGGGGACAGCCUCUACGCGCUGUCCCUGCUCACCCUGCUGCUCAACCUCAAGCUCAUCCACGCCGAGUAUUACCGCGGACGGUGCGCGCGAGCGCCCGUCUCUCAGAGGGAGUUUGCCCAGCAGCUGCAGUGCAGCGGAAUCAUGCUGGUGCUGUCCAACACGUGGCUGGAGGAAGUUUACAACCAGGUGCGGCAGAGGAACCUGUUGAGCGAGGCGGGCUACCGGGCCAGCACGCAGGAGAACGCGUCCGCCCUCGUCACCAUGCUCACCGAUCUGGACGGACUUGGGAGCAACUUGAUCGGAGGACAAAUGGUGUUCGAGGUGUCGGGUCACUCUCCCCUGGCCUGCAACCGCUACGCCGAGGCUCAGUGCGACUCCGUCUCAGCUGGCGCGAGCUUUGCGCGCACCAUCCUGGUGGGCUGCUGGCGGAACCUGAUCGACAUCCUGUCGGCGCCGCUGGGCGGCUGGAACAGGGGCGGCACACGGGGGCUCUCGGCCCUGCUGGGCGGCGACGGCGCUCGCGAGCAACGGCAGCGCGAGCGCGAGGCCGUGUGCCUGAGCCUGGACGGACUCCGCAAAGCCGCGCGGCUCAGCUGCCAGCUCGGAGUAGCAGCGAACUGCGCCUCAGCGCUGGCUCAGAUGGCCGACGCGUCGUGCGUGCUCAGCGACCGGGACGAGCGCGAGAUCACGGAGCCAUCCGACUCCAUCUCCCACGUGAGACAGAAGGUAGAGCAGAAACUUGAGCAGAUGGGCCGCCCCGCCGGCGUGAGGCUUCACGCGGCCCACGCCCUCUGCAUGGAGGCCAUACUGGACGUAGGGCUGGAGAUGGGGAGCCACGCGUCCGAGUGCUGGCACCACGUCUUCCGUGUGUGCGAGUACAUCAGCGCGCUGGAGCACAGUCACUUCUGCGAGGGCGGCACGUCGACCUCGCGCGGUUUCACGCGCCCGCCGCGCGACGCUGACCCGCUGGCGGCGACGAGUCCCGGCCGCCUCCUGGACGAACCGGGCUCCCCGGGCCACACCCCCGGCCCCGCUCCCGGCCUCGGCUCCUCCGGCUUUCCCGGGCCCUUCCCCGGGCCGCAGAGCCCGAGCGUGCAGGAGCUGAUCGGGGACAGCGCCGCGAGGCCCCGCGGCAGCUUCGACUUUGGGGGAAACGGAGGCGUCCUCACCCCUGCCAACAUGGCCAAGGUCAUCUGCAGCCUGUCCACCGAGGUCGACCGGCUAUUUGAGGAGGCGGCGUACAAGCUGAACCUGGCCGCACUCGUCGGUUUCCUGCAGCAGCUGCGUCGCGCGUCGCAGGCCCAGCUAUUCGACUCGGUGGCGGAGAGCACCGACUACGCCCUCGCCAUGCCAGUGCUGUGCUGCGCCGAGGGGGUGGCAAGGUCGACGCAGGGCCGCCGCAGCGCCCUGCACCUCUUCCGGCUGGGCGACACGAUGCUGCGUGUGGUGCGCGAUUCGCGACGCCCACUGCUGCACCUCUUCCGCACGUGGGCCGUGGUGGCGCCCCACCUCGUCGAGGCCGCCUGCCACAAGGAGCGGCACGUAUCCCAGAAAGCUGUCUCCUUCCUGCACGACAUCCUGACCGAGGUGCUGUCGAGCCGAAGCGAGCUGCCCCACUUCCACAUGGGCGAGGCGCUCUUUCGGCCCUUCCAGCACAUCAUGCAGCUGGAGCUGUGUGACGAGGACGUGCAGGACCAGGUGAUCACAUCGAUUGGGGAGCUGGUAGAGGCCUGCGCCUCACGCAUCCAAUCGGGGUGGAGGCCUCUGUUUGGGGCCCUGCGCACCGUCCACGCCAGCCGGCCGGACGCCAAGGAGUACCUCAUCGGAGAAUACACCAUGGGGAAGUCACGGGCUCCUGUCUUCGACGUGUUCGAGGCGUUCCUGAGCACGGACAGCGUGCAGGUGUUUGCCAACGCAGCUGUCGACUGCAUCCUCUGCCUCAUCAAGUUCGUGCAAGGCCUGGGGGAGGGCGAUGGCCGGGAGUCGUGCUCGAACACCCAGGGUUCCUCUGGAUACUCCUCACUCGGCCUGUGCCUCCCAGCCCUCGACUACCUCCGCCAGUGCUCGCAGCUGCUGAGUAAGAUCUAUGAGAUGCCGUCGCGGCCGAUGUUCCACGGCGCUCAUCUCGCCGGCCUCACCCUGCACGGCGCGGAGACGGGCACCGGCACGUCAGAGGACAGCCUCGACACACCCGAGACGCCCGGCGAGUUCGACGACGGCUCCGGCCUCGUGUGUGUGUGGAGCCUGCUGCUGGAGCACCUGGCGUCCGCGGUGUCCGCGUGCCCUCGGCAGAACCAGCCCCCUACCCUGAGCCUGCUCUUCUACUUGCUUAGAGCCGUCGCCCACCUCCCAGGCCCCAAGUUCGGCAUGUAUGCGGUGACGCACCUGCUGCUGCCCGUCAUGACGCUGUGGCUCCAGCGCUCGCACAGCAGCCAUGCCUACUGGGAGGAGGCGGCCGCCAACUUCAAGCACGCGAUCGGCCUCUGCUCCGAGCUCGUCGUGGAGCACGUGCACAACUUUACGCAGAUGGAGAUCGGCUUUGAGGGCAUGGUGAGCGCGAUGCUGCGCCAGCUCUUCCGCCUGCUCGUCGCCUGCAUCUCCGAGCCCGCAGAGGCCAUCUCCCGCGUUGGCUGCUCCUGCAUACGCUACUUACUCGUGUCUGCGGGUCCAGUCUUCACGGAUGAGAUGUGGAAGCUCGCUUGCUCCGCGCUCCAAGAUGCGUUUGCAGCCACGCUGCAGCCCGUAAAGGACCUGCUCUCCUGCUUCCAGUCGGGCUCUGACAGCUUCGGCGGGGACGCGUGCGAGGUGAAGGUAGCGGCCCCUCACCACUCGGACAGCGUUGAGGCCGAAUACUGGAGGAUCCGCGCCAUGGCUCAGCAGGUGUUUCUGCUCGAGAGCCAGUGCGUGGCCAAGACGCCCAGCAGCAAGGAGGGGCUGGAGCAUGCACAGUCGUGCGUGCUCAUCAUCGAAGUGCUCUCGCACGCUGGCACUCGGGCCUCCCUGCAGAAGCGAAAAAUAGGGAUUCCCUUCCGGAGCAUCGUGGUGCGGCUGCUGUCGCACCAGGUGCUGCUGCAGAACCUGCUGGAGCUGCUGCUGCUGGACGAGCCGGCGGCGCCGCCGGGCUCAGGGUCGCGUUCGCUGGAUGGCUCGCGUGACGAUCACUCGCCCGUCUCCGUGGUGGCUCCGCUGCAGGUGGUGACAUCGGCCCCGUUCCUGCGCCACAUCUCCAUGCUGAACCUCUCGCUUGUAUUCGACCUGCUGCUCGACUCGUACCGAGCGGCGCGCGACUUCGACACGAGGCCUGGCCUCAAGUACCUGCUCAUGAAGGUGUCGGGCAUGGGUGCGCCCGCCAACCUCUACCGCCAGGCGGCCAUGAGCCUGGGCGUGUACGGACAGGCGCUGCUCGCCGCCCUGCAGCUGCUGGCGCGCGAUGACCUCAGUGCCGAGCAAGUGAAGCGCAUCGUGGCGGAGCUCGAGCAGGAGGACAAUGAGAGCUCCGACUCAUCCCUGGCAUCUCCAUCGGACGAGGAUCAUCAACAGCAGCAGCAGCAGCAGCAGGAAGAGGAGGAUGAGGAGGAUGAGCAGCCACCAGCAGCCCCGAUCAUCACCACAUCUACCACCGUGGUGACCCCACUCUCCGUAUUGGCGGCAGCACCGCCGCAGCCACCGCAGCCACCGCGGCCACAGCCGGCUCGGCGGCAGCACGGGGUGGGCUCGCGUGUCACGCCGCAGCACCGGCGCGCGCCCUCCCUCGGCGUGCAACCCGCGAACAACGCCGACUGGUGCUGGCUGGUGAAGCGGCUGCACCGCCUGUGCCUCGAGCUCUGCCAGACGUACAUCCAGAUGCACCUGGACCUGGAGGGCGCCGCGGACGGCGACGCGGCGUCUGGGGCGGCGGGGGCGGGUGGCAGGGGCGCGAUGGCGCCCGAGACGCUCUUCCUGCUGCCCGUUUUCCCGCUGGAGCCCGCGGCGUCGUCCUUGUCGUCCACCAGCAAGGAGAGCUUCUCGUCGGGCGACACGGUGCGGUCGCUCGUCACCGAGGAGGUGGACGCCGAGAGAGCCGGUGGGGGUGGGCCGCCCACGAGCCCCCGCGCCGUCGACGCCGAUGCCGACAGAGACGGCAAGCGGCGGCAGCAGCGUGAGUGGUGGGAGAGCACGGGCGGCAAGAUCUACACAGUGGCCACGGAUCGCACCAUCAGCAAGCUCGUGGCUGAGUACAAGCGGCGCAAGCAGCAGCACACGCUGACGACCUUUGUGCGCGAGCCCACGCGCCCUGGCCUCGCCGCCAAUGCAGAUGGAUCCUCAGUGAAGAACCCGUGUCAGUCUACAGGAGGUCAGAGGUCGUCACUGGUGCUGAGCCCACGGCCGAUGCAGCAGCAGGCAGAGGGCACGACGGACCCUGUUGCCCCACUAGGAGGGCCCGGGCCUCCAUGUGAGGGCGUCCGUCCCGCCGGCCUGGCGGGGCUGCCGAGCCCAGGGGGGCUGGGCCCGCUGGGCGAGGGGGGGCCGCUCCCCCCAAGGCGAUCUUCGUCCACGAGCGGCCCCGAGACUCCGCGCUCGGAGCGCUUCCCGCGCAGUCGCUCGGCGAGCCAGAGCUCGGCUUCUCCGUCCGGAGCCUCGCGGGACUCCGAAGCUCAGCUGCAGGCGUGGACCAACAUGGUGCUCAUGCUGCUCAACCAGCUGCUGGGGCUGCCCGAGCCGGCGUUCGUCGCGCUACAGCCGGCCAUAUUCCCCAGCCUGAGCCAGCUGACGUGCCACGUGACGGACUCGCGCGUGCGCCAAGCCGUGCGCGACUGGCUCGGCCGACUUGGCCGUGUCUACAGCAUCAUCGCGUAGCCUCUUUGCCCCCGCCACCCUCGCUGUCCUCCGCUCCUUUAACCCCAUUCCCGUUUCCCCACGCGCGCACACGCACGCACGCACGCACGUACACGUACAUGCGCACGUACACACACGCGCACUGCCCGGAGGGGUUCGGAGCCCGUUUGCCGGGCGUGUUUGUGGCAUGCGCCUCGUAUCAGCACUUUGGAGGCAGGGGUUUGCGUCUCUCGUAUUCAGUCUCCAAACCCUGCUGAGCUGCGAGGUGGCCAGGAGGUGGUCGUACGACAAAGGUGGGUUCGUGAAACCAUCGUUACACACAACUCGGUUAUUCUCUCGCUCUCGCAAACGUUGUUAGCAAGGGGUUGGCCAAACGUCUCUCAAUGCCAGGACCUUCCUGAAACUUGCUGAGACUUCCCUGAAUAUAUAUAGGAUAUUAUUAUUGCAUUAAUUCGUAGAAAUUACACUGCAUAUAUUGCACAUAAAGCACACUUUCCCCAAAAAUAUAAUAUUUUGGAUUUAUAACAGAUUACUCACAAUAACGCCGUUCGUGGGAACUCAACUGAUAAUGAAGAGCAGUUGUGUAGUCGGAAAUACAGGUGCAACAGAAUCCGCUUUACAGAAACGGCUUCGCCCUCAUGGACCCACUUGGCGGAUCCCGUGCGUAGACGACCCCACACUGAUGCCUACUGCCUCAUCGUGGAUUCUGAAUGUGCAAUUGAGUUGGGUACCUCCUUUGGGUAAUGAGGAGACUGGGAAAGCAGCCACGGUGUUGUGUAUAGAUACACUCGUCUUAAAACAUCGGAUAAGGACAUUUCCGUCAUUAAGAAAAAUUGCAGUUUUACAUCGCAAAUCCCAUAUCGCAACUGGAAUUUGGUGGGAAGCACGAUGAUGCAUUAAGAAUAUCACUUUGUAGGAAGAGUUCUCAUGAAGCACGGCACUUUGUGUCGUCAGUCUGAUGCAGUUGAAACUGCCUGGGCUUUCCUGCGUUGAGCCUUUUAGAUGGAUCGAUUGACGCACUUUUUCAAGGUUGCAAAGUUCACAAAGUUUGCCAGAGGUGGUCUCUUGGUUAUGUAGUGAUGCCGACACACUUUCUUGCUUUACUGAGAGCCUUUCUUUUUUGACACAACACUUCAUGGAUGUGAAAAGCUCCAAUUUGAGAUGCCACAUCUCCAUACUCCGUUUUUCAAAGUGCACAGUUCUCAAUCAUACGGUUUCAAACACGUUGCACUGUCUAAGAGAUACACAUCCUGCAUGUGUCUCAGCAACGUGCUGUGCACCCGUCUUCUGGAUUUAUUAUUUUAAGCCUUGUAACCACGUGGAAAAACGUGGCCGUGCCCUGAACAAUUUUGCAUUUUCGUAUCGCCCAUCUAAUCAUGCCGUUCGUGCUGUGGCGAAGCGUGACACAGGCGCUGAACCCUUGUUCUGUAGCGGCGUCACAUUUCACUCGGAAUCCAUCCACGUUGAGCAAAGCCACUCCUGGGGGACUGGCAGUGGCUUCGUGGUCUCUUGUGAUGAGAAAAGGGGGGGCUCGCUUUCCACGGCAACUACAACUUUCCAACGUUGUCCACCCCCACCUGUGGCUCGUGCUGCCUACUGAUCCAAACCCACGCCCACUGUGAAGACUUCAGAAACACGCGUUCGGAGUAUUUGGCUCCUGCUAUAAAUUUCAACGUGAUAAGCCACUUCGUUGAGCUAUCAUUUGUGGCCAGGUCACUUCUGAUAUAUAAAAAAAAGCUAUAUAGCUCAAGGGGCCUUGUCUGGUAAAAUACAUUUUUUUUUUAUUUCAGUUGUGUUUCUUUAUGUUGAACAAAUUGAAUACUUACAAAACAGCAGAGACAUUUUAUGAAGUGAAUAAUGCACGUCACUCCAUUACAUUUUUACUGCGAACCACCUAAUAGCAAUACACACGUUGACUGCCUUGUGUUUACCGCCAGUGCAGCAGCAGCAGCAGCAGCAGCCUUGUUGCUUGCGUGUAACAACUUACUUUUGUUAUUUUUUUUAUCGUUACACGAGGUAAUCCUCAUUUUAGUCUUCAAAACUGACGCUGAGGGAUAAUGCUUGGGCUGUGGGACCAAUCCCUUGAGUGUUUUAAUGCACGUUGCAGAAAAAAGGGGAGUUGUGAGGAGAAACCAGAGGCACGUGAAUGGAGAAUGCUCAAAAUCGCAUGGACAGUCGGUCGUGAACCUACUUGCUGUACUGCCCCCCCCCCCCCACGGGCACAAUAUUACUAGCCAGAAGGUGGGUGUCCGCUCUCAAACUCCAGAGCAUGUAAAAUGAAUUGGUUGCCAUGUCCAAAUGCGACCGAACAAGGCCAUAGAAUGUUCAGUAUUUCCUAGUAGUGUAAAUUUGGAGCCACAAGUAAAAUGAUCAUGGGUAAAGGUGCAACCUGGAUUACAUACAUCUCCUGCCUUGCUAUCCUGUGAGUGUUUGCACGAGUGUGUUUUCCCAUGACAAUGACGGGGUUUUUUUCCAUAAUUGGUGUUAUCUUAAUUACUAGGGUGUCUUCUGCUGUAAAACGGCCGUUAAAGAUGCUAAAGAUCCAGACGUUAAAAGAUCCCUUAAUAUCAAGUACUGUCUGUACUGCGGUGUCCCUUAAGUAGAUUCUUACCACUGUAUGAAGUAUAAGUUAACAAACAUCAAAGCAACAGCUUUUCGUUGACUUGUAGGUUACAGGUCAUUGGCAAUUGCAGCCGGGAAAAAACAUGGAAUUUAUUUUAUAUCAAUGCAUACGAGAGAAUGGCUUGACGACCACACAAGAGGUUGGUGUCAGGAAGAUGUGGCCGCCACUUGAGCAUAUUGACACAAGACAGAGGAAAGUGGAAACACCUCUGGGGCCAUCUCCCAUGGAUCACGAUGAUGCAUACGAAUGUAAAAAAAAACAUAGCUACAUGGAUAAAAACACAAAGCACAAACGAUGCCGUUAGAGCUUGCACGAGCUUACGCUGCACAGAUAAUCUCUAGUGAGUGUGAAGGUAGUAUACAUGUGCCGUGUUGAGUUGCUGCCAAGGUAUAUAAGCAAACCCAACGGAGCUUCCUGUGCCUUUUGAAGCCGGUGGCUUUAAAGCGGGUAGUGCGCACGCAUAUUCUUAAAUCAUUAGGCUUACAAGUUACACUGGGGUCAUUUCCUGUAAUCUAAUGCAUUUAAAACAAGACUUACCGAAAGACCCAAAGAAUACGACUUAAAGGCGCAAUGGAAAGCUGUGAAACUCCCAAAUCCCACUUGGGUAUGGCCAGGCGACGGCAGUACAGCAAAUGGGUCGUUCACCUGUCUGUUCAGAUCUUUUCGCCGUUAUCUUGUAAACGUGGGUGUUUUUGUCUUCUGGGUUCUCUGGCUUUCUCGCAUACAUAACAUACAUUCAAACACUCCUAACCGUGGAAAUGGACAAACAUCCUCUCGUAAAGAUGCUCCUGAAAAAGUCUCGAGGCUUAGCGAUGCUUUCCUUUUAUACGUGAAUUUACGUACAUAUUAAUUGUUACAUAUUUUGGCUCCUGUCGCUGGGAUAUGUAUUCCAUUGUUUAACCUUUCUUACCGAUUGCUUGUCCAGCGGUGCCAAUGGAAGGAGCCUUCCCAUAGUCAGACAGUGCUUGAAAAGGGCAGCAGUGCCGAGCAUUUGCCCACAUUUAAGAACGGUGCCAAGUCGGCCCCGGUUUUUCUGUUUUUUGUUUGUUUGGCAGCUUUUGGUAUCUCAUCAUUAUUUGGAUGAACCUUUGGUUUUAAUUUUUUGCAUUUGGAAUGUUUUGGUCGCGUUUCUUUACGUUUCGUGCUUAAGCGGAUAUAUGUGACGGAUUCGGCUUUGUCUUUAAAAUUAUUUUUGUAUCGAUGUUUUUUUUUCAUCGGAGGUAAUUUCAAUUUGGCUAAGCUGAUUUUGCCAUUUAAUGAGUUUCAAUGUUGUUGAAUAAUUCAUUGGCUUGUCUUUUUUUUAAUAUGCAAGGUCAUUUUGGUUUGUGUGUUUUAUUUACAGCUUUAUAUUUAAAUAAUGUUUUAUGCGAACCUUAAAUGUGCACGUUACAUCAUCUGAUAACUUAUUUUUAAGACAUUUUACUGCAACAGAAAGACAAGGAAAUUGUUUCGAAAUUAAUUACAUUCAUUUUCUGAGCUGGGAGUGUUUAUAUAGUCCAGGGGAACUUGUGGUUAUUAAUAAUGUUGUAUAUGUAGACCAUUAUAAUGAAUCAGUAUCGAUGGUGUCGACCAAUGCCGAGCUUUGUAACGCUUGUUACUUUAAUAAUUUUCACCCUGCACAAAUAUCGUUUUUAGGAACAUUUCUUCACCCGCUACCCCCACCCUGAACUUGCCAAGAUUUCUGGCCAGAAGAGGGUGCACCAUGCCUGGCUUGCACGCCUCGGCCGCAAAAGGUUGGGGGUUGGUAGGGACACAACGAUAUGGGUGCAGAGUUGGAAAUUAUGGGACCAAAAAGUUUUUAUUUGAUGGAAAUAUCGGCUCCAGGUUUCGGUAAAUUAGCGUAGUAGCGGUACACCGGUAGUGCGUCAGUAUAAAAAAAAAGCUAAUUUUUCGUAAUCAUUAUUUUCCCGCGAUUCGCAACCCCGCUCAUAAAAUCUUGCGCGGUGGUGCGUCAAAAUCAGUUGUCGUGAUGUCGAAGCAGUCGGAAGGCGAAUGUUAUCAGCAGCUGAACGAGAAGGUUCAGUCUGUUGCCGUACAGCAGCACCCAGCCUGGUGAGGAUCGGAUCGGUGUUCCAAAGGCAAGGUUUGACUCCUGGUGCCCUAGACUUGGUCGGACGGUUCCUCGAUUCAUUUCCGGAAUCAUCUUUUUUUGUGCGGACGGUGGCAUAAAAAGAUGAUGACUCGUGGUGUCACACGUUGGAAUGGGGACAGCAGCUGUUGAAUCUGAGUGCAACUUCUGAUGGAGAGUCCUGGAGCUCGCUCAAGGGCAACAGCGACAUCGUCGAGACUGUUUUAUGAGGACCGGUGUGAUGUUAUGCUGCACCGGUGUGAUGUUAUGAGGACCGGUGUGAUGUUAUGCUGCACCGGUGUGAUGUUAUGCUGCACCGGUGUACCGCCAAUGCAUCAAAAUAGUUUUUUUUAUAAAGAAAAAAGUUGACCACUCUUACGUGGGUUAUCUGCAUGCACCCUGCUUUCCCCAUGCACAAUAUUACUGUGGUAAAAAAAAAAUAUCUCCAACAAAACCCUCCCCAAACAGCAUUGAGAAUCGGUGAGGCUCUGCUGGGUUAAGAUUUAAAAGCAUAACUGUAUGUAUGUUGAACUUCUUUCGCACCCUACAUCGUCAACUAUGAUAAUCGGAGGUGUGGGGGAAGGACAACAAACAACUAAUUUAGUUUAAAUACUGUACUGUAUGCUGUUAGGUUCCCUUUUUAUUCCGUCACAUCCUAUUAUUAAAUAGCAUUACUGCAUGUACAUAAAUGAACAGUCAUUUCGUUUUUAUUGUCUAUGGUUGUUGGUAAAAGCAGUGCUACAGAAAGACAUGAAGUUUAGUUUUAACGUUACAUUAAUUUAUUGCUAUAACAACCAAUAUGUUCAAUGAUUUAAGGCAUGUUGAUACUCCUCUUCUUCCUGUUGAUGACAACAUUUCCCAGGCGACAAUAUCCGAUCCUACAUAACUUACACAGUUGUCAAAACACAAGACAAAGCUUUCAAGGCAUGCACGGAGGUGUAUCAUCCGUCUCUGAAUGGCAUAGAUGGCAAGAUUGACCGGUUGGAAUGUCGGCAACACGUCCGUGAUAUAAUUAAGUUUCCAAAACAGAAAAUCGUGCGCGGCCUUUGGGAGCGCAAACGCACAGAAGCAUUCAAAACGAACUCCAGCCGAGAUGUUGGCAAACGAAAUACCUGGGGACUCUGCCAAAUCAGGGGUGAUGCACGACCCACGUAGCCAUCGCCAUGGUGACGGACAUGGGCAGGUUUCGAGGAAUUCAAUUAUAAGUCAUAAAAUCUUUACACCAGUUGUGUGUGUGUUUAGUUUUAAAUGACUUCGCUCAAACUAGCAGGCCGAGUUGAUGAUAACCGGAGUUUACGACAACUCCGGUUGUCGCCAGCGUAGAGUUGCCCCGAUCGUUCCCAGGCGCCGAGACUUCGAGGCCACGGCCCCCGUAGGUUUGCGCCGUUCGGCAAAAUCUACGCGGAGCUCUGCUGCCGGUUCACUGUUCAUAGAUUGUCACCGUCAGCCGGAUCUGUGGCAGCUCACAAGGCAUAAACGUAGCGCUUUCGAGUGAUGGCAUUGGUGCCAUAAGAACGGUGCGAAUACCAAAACGUACUUCACUGCCACACCUUUACGGACAUCAAACCGCGAUGUAGAUGAAACUGCGUUUUACAGAACUGUCUUCAUCCGGUGACCAUGGAUUCCAUACUUGAUCAGUGUUGAUCCGGUACGUGGGAAUUAUUCUUAAGUUGGAAAAGCGAGUAGCCACGGGGACCCAUGUAUAAUAGUGUAAUGUGGUACGGAACAUGACCUUCCCCCCCUGCUGAAAAGGUUACCUGUGCCACCAACCUCUGCAUUCCUGUACAUGUGUAUUACCAUGAUACAUGUUAUUACCAUGAUACAUGUUUAUUAACAUGAUGGCAAUGCAGUGAAUGUGUUCAUGAUCAAUGAAACCAUUGACAUUUGGAGCUGUAAAUGCAAUCGUAGGGUUUGUGAGCAGAGGCAGACUGGCUGGCAUAAGCCACUCGUCUUGUGCGUCCACAGUCGCACAUCCGGUCAUCUCGUCCUUGUGGUUGCACCUGAAUGCUGCCGCCCGUGCUCCGUGGGAUAGAGUUGUGAGUUACCCGACCGAGAAUUCUGUUAACAUUGUCUUGUGUCGGCAGACAGAGCGUGGUGCUGACCUGCAGGUCUUGUGGUGUUCCUUUUGAGGACUGUCACAAAGGUGGGCUGUUUGUUCACUCGCCCUCCCAAGCGUGUGGAGGUCACAAGUUCAGUUCCCAAGCUGUGAAUGCCUCGUGCUUGGGUUUGACAGACCCAGCUGAGUCACAGCGUGUGGAAUUGCCAGCUCCUGCAAGGGCCAUGGUCGUCAUGGGUUUCCUCCGGCAAUUGUGCCAUACACUGUAUCGUUUGUCGUGCCUUGCAACGCUAAACAUUUGUAUUGGCACGCUUUACAUCAUGUUCAUGAAUGUUAUCGAAGUGGAUUGCCAAGUGAGAAUAUAUCUGAUUUACUCAGUUUUUCCAGUGACAAGUUCGACCGGUUAUUCUUGUUUGCUAUUAACAGGUCCCUGCAGGGUGGGCUGGUAGGAACAUUGGAAUUUUGCGCAAUUUUAUUUUUACACCCCAACAGCACGAGAUUUCACUUCGUUAAAGUAUUGAAAGGGGACGGACGGACGGACACAUUAAUCUAUUGCAGGCUGGUACACUCAGUUUACAACUUACCAGUAAAUGUUUACUUAACGUGCGUCAAAUGAAUAAAAACGAUAAAAUCAAGUGUUAGAAUAAAUUCACCUACAGAUGCCCAUAAUCCCAACAUUGACCACAGAGAAAAAAAAUAUGAGGCGUUGCACCUGCCAUGUUCUACAUUUCCUACAACAAAUACAGCAAGAAAAGAUGUCCUUGAUUCAACAACUGCCACGUUCUGUUCUCUUGCAAUUGGUCUAACAAUGUCCACGUGCUUACGUGGUCGUCGUGCUUUGUGAAAGGGUUACGAAUGGCCUUUUGUUGAAAAAAAACAUUUUAGAACACAGGUAUUGGUUAACAAUUGUAACAUUUGUCGACUUUUAUAUGGCUUGGCAAACUAAAACAGAAACUGGAGCGCCAGUGCCUUAUUUUUUGUCUGACUGGCAAGUGGCACUUUUACAGUCUUAAUACGUGACCGUAUUUAUGUGUGUGGAUUUACGUUUUCCCCGAUCGGCAGUGCUGCUUCUUUGCUUCCAAACCACUUUUGCUUCCACAAAGCAGUUGUUUUAAUAUAUAGAAAGGAAUCGGACGUUAUAAAUCUAGACUUCAUAUACAGUCAGCUAGCAGAAUUUCUAAUUGGCUCUUCUCGGUCAUGGGAUCGUAUUCCUCAGGUUCCUGAACACUUCACUGCCGUUGAUUGUAUUCGCAUAAAGAGUUUAUGCCUGGUGGACCUUAAUGCUCUGUUUAGUCUGCUGUGGCCUUGUGUUUUUAAUGCACUUUUUUCCCCCUUUUGCUGCAUCGUGUUAGUGGAAACACGCUUCCGGACACAAAUUGGGCCGAAUGUUUCGGAGGCCUUUCAGGAUUUGCGGGGGGUGGGGGGGGAUGUAAACGGACCACACCAGAGCACGGCGUAUUUCCUUAUCAUAUGGCCCAGGUGUUAUGGAAGAAACUGCCAUUUUUCUUAAAUUUCACCUGACAAACUUUUUCAUGGCGUACAUUUUUGUAUUCUUGGCAAAUGUUUGCUACGGUUACCUGGAUUGUGAAAGAGGUGGAAGGGAUUGUUUAGUAUAAGAGUUGGGACUGACAAUUGUAGUGUUAGGCCUUACUCUCUCCCAGGACGUUUGGCCACCGUUGGGGCUUCUCUAGAGCUCCCUCUAGUGGAGGCCUUUCCGGCAGCAAUGACACGAAUAAGAAAUUGCACGGCUGCGCCUUUAACUUUCAUGAACAUAGUGCAUAGCUUUAGCUUGAAGAAAAAUACUAAAUGGAAACACAGUCCGUCCUAAUACGUACUCGUUUAUACUGACAAUCUCCUCAAGUCCACGACCUUAAGUCUACUACCAAUGAUAAUAGGUUUUUCCUCUUUUUUUUUACUACCAAUGUUCACUGCUUGUGCAAAAAUUUACCUGCAUCACGUGGCACAUUUGAACCAAUUUCAAGGACCUUGAAGUGACAUUGUUUACAUGAACAAGCUUAAUGUUGGUAAAGAAUCGGCUAGAAAAUAACGUGUGCAUUCCUAGACUUAAAUAUUCAAUGCGCUGAAUGUAGAAAUACGUUAGGUCACGAAGAACAAAGGCAAAAAUCCCACAAUACCUUGCAAAUAAAAUGGAUGGUGGCACUGUGGUGAACCUUGACAGAGUGAUACCGGGGUGGAUUAGCUUUACUCACAUCACGUGGUCUAAAGGCACGCUGCAGGUUAGUUCAGACUGCUUUGCAUGCAUACCAUCUGUGCGAUCAAGCUUUUCCCAUAAUACUCUGGCUGUUUCCCAUCGUACGGAGCAACUUUAAAUGUUUUCAUUUGCACAUAUUGUGUGCGUUUGCAUAACAAUGCAUUGCGAGUUCUUGAGCGCUUAAAUGCGCCACAAGGGACGUGACCGAUAUACAAAAAAAAUGCUAUCUUUAAAACAAGGCCUUGAAAACCAAAAUAUUGCCUCAAUCUGAGUUUAAGGUGUUGUUGAUCGUGUCUGUGUUAAAUCUAACACCGCCGUGUUUAGAAUUGCCGUUUAGUCGGGAGUGUAUCCUAGGAUAAGCACAGCGUUGUACAGUGGUAAGCGCUUGCUUGCUUCGCUAUCAUUUGUGAUCAUCGGAGCAGGGAAGCCCAUCGUGUGUGUGCGAGCGCACAUUGUAUAUGCUGUAGAUAUUCUACAGUGUUCGAGCCAUUGUCUUGUGCUCUAUGGCAUGUGACUAACAAUGUGCUGUCCUCUAUAUGCUUUGUACGUGGUUUUAGUGUCAUAGAUUGUAAUGAUUUGCUGUAUUUAUUUGGUGGCUAUGUGUACUCCCAGCGGAGUUUAUUUAUUGCUAUUUAUGAAAUAAAGAUAUGUCGGCAUGUCAAAA